AAUAUACACGUGAGUUUUGAUGUGCACAAAUUGAGAUUGUCGCAGAAGUAGAUGGCGAUGGUGGCGAGUCACUUGUGCGGUCAUCAUCUGUCAGGUGCCCGUACAUGUUAGGAUUAAAAUUCAGGUUAGUCGUAGUUAAUUUUGAACCAUGGCCGUGCUGGAGGGUUCGCUGAGCAAGUGGACGAAUGUUAUGAAGGGAUGGCAGUACCGAUACUUCGUGCUGGACGCCACAUCGGGCCUGUUAUCAUACUACACAUCAAAGGAAAAGAUGACCAGAGGGGUGAGAAGGGGUUGCGUGCGGUUAAAAGGCGCUGUGAUUGGCAUUGAUGAUGAAGACAGCACAUUCACUAUCACAGUGGAUCACAAGACAUUCCAUUUUCAAGCAAAGAAUGCUGUUGAAAGAGAGCAGUGGGUAAAGGCACUUGAAGACACUAUCUACAAACAUGCAAAUAAUAUGAGAUGGGGAACUGCUGGGUCAUCAGUUACCAUCAAAGAUUUUGACAACAAAGUGUCUGAAGCAGAUGCCUAUCUGCAAUUGAUGAUUGAUCAAACUAAGUUGUUAGAGGAAAGAAUACAAACUAUCAUGGAAGAGGAUGAGAAAAUGAAGUGUCAAGUGAUAUUAGAUCAUGCAAAUGUGAUGUUGGAUAAUAUUAAACAUUCCAUAGUCUUACUACAAAUAGCAAAGAACACGGCCCAUCCGAUCAACGGAAUCUAUCCAGUACCAACUACAACGAAUACGGGUUUACCAACGACGGCUGUUACUCAACCUAAUAUCGUCCCAAUGGUGGAAAUAGCUUCGGAAUGCAUCGAAAAUGCACGCCGGCAUGCUGCUAUAGUCGCUGCUACAACAACCGCUGUUCCUGAAACGUCCUACUCAAGUUCCGAAGGUGAAGAUGAUUUUUUCGACGCCAAUGACUUUUCCAGCCAGACUGCUACACCUACUACGGUGCGACAAUUCAACGCCGAAGAACAACCACAGCAAUCGACUACGACUAAUAGUGUGUAUAGAAAGCAGUCGACAACAUCAGGAGAAGCCUCUUUACACAAUCAGACACAUCAAACGACUCCUGAUGACGAUAUUGAUUACGAUGCUCUGCACGAAGAUGACACCGAAACUGACGUCCUAUUGGAUCAACAAGGUUCAGUAAUCAAGCAUAUGAUCGGUCAGGUGAAGAUCGGCAUGGAUCUCACAAAGGUCGUCCUGCCGACUUUCAUUCUCGAGCGGCGCUCGCUGCUCGAAAUGUAUGCGGAUUAUUUUGCGCAUCCGGAUAUCUUCGUUGGUAUUGCGGAUCAAAAAGAUCCGCGCGAUCGUAUGGUCCAGGUGGUAAGAUGGUAUUUAUCUUCGUAUCAUGCAGGGCGUAAGAGUUGUGUGGCUAAAAAGCCGUACAAUCCGAUUCUGGGCGAGACGUUUACGUGUCACUGGGAUGUUUAUCAAAACAAAGAUCCCAAUUGUCGUAAGGUGCAUGACGGGCCGGUACCGUGGGCAUCCGAGGAUCAAUUGACUUUUGUUGCUGAACAAGUGUCCCAUCAUCCGCCAAUUUCAGCAUUUUAUGCGGAACACUAUAAUAAACGAAUCACAUUCAACGCGUACAUCUACACGAAAUCAAAGUUUUUGGGUUUGUCGAUAUGCGUCUACAAUAUUGGCUGUGGUAUUGUGAACGUGUUGGACCACGACGAGCAGUACGUUGUUACAUUCCCGAAUGGCUAUGGUAGGUCUAUUCUGACAGUGCCAUGGAUUGAGUUGGGUGGUUCCGUGACGAUUACUUGCGCGAAAACCGGCUAUUCUAGUAAUAUUGAAUUCUUAACGAAGCCGUUUUAUGGCAAUAAGAAGCACAAAAUUACCGCGGAUGUUUUUGCUCCGAAUGAUAAGAAACCGUUUCUUUCCAUCAACGGGGAAUGGAAUGGUGUGAUGGAAGCCAAAUGGAAUGACAAGGAACCCGAGGAAUUUAUCGACGUCCACAAAUUAGAAAUAGUUCGCAAACAAGUGCGGCCCAUCAGUCAACAAACCGACAACGAAUCCCGUCGGUUAUGGAAGGAUGUCACCGCUGGUUUAAAGUACAACAAUAUUGAUAGAGCAACGCAGGCGAAAUUUGAGCUGGAGCAGAAGCAACGCAACGAAGCAAAGGACAGGAAGGCGAACAAUGAAGAAUGGGAAACUAAUUUGUUUAAGAAAAGUCUUGAAGAUGACAACUGGUUGUACACCAAUUCGCUGCAGGCGCGACUUUCAAAGUCGGCAAACAGUUGAAGUUGCAACGAUUUCAAUAUUCCGAACGAUUAUAGUGAACUGUGAUAAUAAAUUGCAACAUAACAUACCUUGGGCGUGUUUCAUAAGUGCGCGAAUGGGAUAUAUUAAGUUUUUAACGCAAUGGAAAGACCACACAAAUAUUAUUAUACCGUUUUGUUCCGAUAUAUAUAUUUUAAUCAAAUUAAUCUAGGUCUUUCCGAAUGUUUAAAUUUUCGCUUUGAUAAUCAUGUAAAUAACUGUAAAUUAUGUUGUUUUGAAGCCAACAUGGAACAAAUGUUUUGUUGAAUGACCAAUUGUGUGCAACACUCUUGCUAGUUUAAUCCUUAAAGAGUACAAAUUUUUGCAUGCGACUUUUAUCGGGAGAACCGUCCACCUUAUUCAAAAAAAUUAGCACUAGAAGUUUACGAAUUGGAGUUAAAAGCGUUUGAAAAUUACCUUCUACUACUUCCGUUGCACACAAUUCGGGUUGUUGCGGUUUGGUUGUAACAUAUCUAACGAAUAAUUCUAAAAAGACAACUAGUAUAACGAGUUUCUAUAAGCACACACACAUUCUCACACACAGCAUGCAUUAGUGUAGCGGAAUGUUCGUGUAACUGGUGAUCCAUUUGAUGUAGCUGGGAACCCUUGUGUACACAGUGGGAUAGCCCCAUGAGCAAUAACGUGCACCAUAUGAGACCAAGCCAAUCUGAAAACGAACUCAUUACAAACUUUUUUUCUUUGCAUUCGAACUUGUAGCGAAUAAAAAUCGAUUUUAUUAAGUUAAA